UCUGCUCUCUGUAAAAUCUGUUCCAUUUACUUGGUUUUUUUCUUCUUUUUCAGUCGACUUAAAGUGAGUAAGUCCUGAUCGGAGCGCACAGUCUGAGCGGUAGAGGUCCAUCCUUGUAUUUGAGGGGCUUUGGCUCCGACUCGGCUGUGAGCGUAUGGCCAACUUAGUUGUACGGCUGCAUUGCUUUCUGGAACUAUACGUACAUGUGCCAUGGCUGCCGCGUUGACGCCUGAAGUCGCCGCUGCUCAUCCGGUGACGAACUGCGAUCCGCCAGUGGAGAAGCUGCCUCUGCCGCGACCCAUUCUCAUGGGAGGCGAGGAGAAAAUGCGGGCGGCUGUCAAGAACGCUAGCCUACCUGCACAACUGAAAGAAGCGCUGUGCGCGGAAGGCGUGCACAUGGCGGAGCCCGAGCACGUGCUGGGAAUUCUGCAGAAGAUGGUCCGCGACGGGCUGGACCGGUUCCAGGUGGUGACGGAUUUCGAUCAGACGCUGACACGUUUCCAUCGCGAUGGACAGUUCUCGCAUUCGUGCUACAGCAUCAUCAGCCGAAGCCCACGGACAUCUGACCAGUUUCGUUCAGACUCGCUGAAACUGCACGAUCAUUACGUGGAAAUUGAGCUCGAUCCCACCGUUCCUUUCGAGAAGAAAAUCCCCCACAUGGAGGAAUGGUGGCUGAAGCAGCAUGAUCUCUUUCUGCAGCUGGGAUUUCAGGAGAGCUGGAUUAAAGAAAUGGUCCGGGAAUCCACAGUCGAAUUUCGUGACCGGACGGAUGAAUUUUUCCAGAAGCUUGAUAACUUUCGAGUGCCCUUGCUGAUCUAUUCUGCUGGCAUUGAUAAUCUGAUCUCCGGUGUUCUGAGUGAGCGCUCCAAUAUAAAGUCAACAUCACUGGAGCCGUUGAUCGUGGCGAAUUCAAUGGUUUUCGAUGAAAAGGGUCUGUUGAAAGGAUUCCGGGAGGAACUGAUCCACUCGUUCAAUAAGAAUGAAAUCUUUCCUCACCAUCGUGACUAUUUCGAAAAACAUUCAUCCCGUCGUAAUGUGUUGCUGAUGGGCGACAUGAUCGGUGAUCUGGCCAUGGCUGAUGGAAUGCGCGCCAAGGAAAAUGUUAUUACUAUUGGCUUUCUCAAUACGAAGAUCCACAGCUCUUUUAGCCUUUAUUCUUCGAGCUUCGAUAUUGUCCUAAUUGACGAUCAAUCCUUGAACCUUCCGAUCGCGAUUGUGGAUGCAAUUGGAUCGUCGCGCUAACAAUACGUUGGAUUGUUUUUGUUAAUUUUUUUUGUUUCGAGAGUCCCCUGGAUGGAAGCCCUCGUACGAGUAGUUGUGAAGUGAAGCAGGACAUUUCGGUAUAAGCUACCCAGUGAUCUGCUGUGCUGGUGCUUGUUGUUCUUCAGCAUUUGUUUCUUUUCCUGAUCUUGAACGGCACAAUACAUUAAGAAACUGGGGAAUGCAUCUGCCGAUCCUCGCAAUACGCGAUAAUAUGGUCAUAGGUCAUACUCGAUCCGGUAGAAUCUGUUGUGGACGAGGUUACUAUCUUUUAUUGCCUUUCGAAUUUUGUGCGGUACGUAAAGAAAUAAAGAAACGGAAAACUA